GUUUCAACUUUCGAUGUCGUUGGUUUAGUUCGUAUGCGGAGUGUCUUAGAAAAGUGUCUUCAAGUCACCGAUUAUAACUGAGAGAUAACUGUGUGCGGCGCGUGUGAGUGUGUGAAGGAUGGCUUGCCCGUACGCUGGAAAUGGAUCAUUGCACGAUGACUCCGCACAUCCAUUGGGCACCGAGAUCGGGAUGAUCUAUGGCGAAUACCUGAUGCUGGAUAAGGUUUUGAAUGCACAACGAAUGUUGUCGGCGGUGGAUAAUCGGCCUGUGCACGACGAACAUCUCUUCAUUGUUACACAUCAAGCUUACGAGCUAUGGUUCAAGCAGAUAAUUUUUGAGCUCGACUCUAUACGAGAUAUGUUAAACAUAGAGGAUCUGGAAGAAUCAAAGACAUUGGAAAUCUUGAAACGUCUCAAUCGUAUAGUACUAAUACUCAAGCUGCUCGUCGAUCAAGUACCCAUUUUGGAGACAAUGACUCCACUCGAUUUUAUGGAUUUUCGCAACUUCCUCUCACCUGCGUCCGGUUUUCAGAGUUUACAAUUUCGUUUGAUCGAAAAUAAGCUCGGUGUCAAGUCGGAUCAGCGUGUCAAGUACAAUCAAAAAUACUCAGAGGCUUUUGGCGAGGAGCCGGCCGCAAUGGAAGCGAUUGAAAAAUCAGAAAACGAGCCUUCAAUGUUGGAUUUAAUACAGAAAUGGCUUGAACGUACACCUGGGCUCGAAACGGACGGUUUUAAUUUUUGGGCCAAAUUCGAAGCGAGCGUUGAGAAAUUCUUGGCAGAGCAAGUGCACAGGGCCAUGCAAGAACCCGUUGAAGCGGCACGCAACUAUCGUCUCAUGGACAUUGAAAAGCGUCGUGAAGUCUAUCGCAGCAUUUUCGAUCGUAAUGUGCACGAGGCAUUGGUGUCGCGUGGCGAUCGCCAUUUCAGUUACAAGGCAUUGCAAGGGGCCAUCAUGAUUACCUUCUAUCGCGAUGAGCCACGCUUCAGUCAGCCGCAUCAGAUGCUUACGCUGUUGAUGGACAUCGAGUCGCUCAUAACGAAAUGGAGAUACAAUCACGUAAUUAUGGUGCAACGCAUGAUUGGUUCGCAGCAACUGGGCACAGGCGGUUCUUCUGGCUACCACUAUUUGCGUUCCACACUGAGUGAUCGUUACAAGGUGUUUUUGGAUCUAUUCAAUUUGUCCACUUUUCUUAUUCCACGCGAAGCUAUUCCACCGCUUGAUGUCUCCAUGCGAAAGGAAUUGAUCAAUUGAUCUUUUGUUGCAUUUUAGAUAAAGAUAAGAGAUUUAAGAAGAAAUCUGUUUAAUAAAAAAUCGU